CUCCCCUCAAUUCACCCGCUCGUUACAGUGCGGUGAGAUUCACCAACUUGAUGAAAAGUCACUUGAUUGUCGCCUUGGCCGUUUUUGUGAUCUGGACAUUCCCGUACCCAUUUUAUACACACGCAUUUCCUGUUAAUACGAGUCGAAAUGGCCGAGAAAGCAAAACAACGGCUCCACGCCAUUGGCACACAGGUCGCCCCAGCAGUCAUCGAGGAUGAGACCUUCGAGGACGUGCCCCCUAUCAAGCAGGUCGGGCCAGUUUCCAACGGCCCAAGGGCCCAGGGAAAGGUGGUUAUUAUCACAGGCGUGAACUCGCCACUUGGAAUAGGAAGGGCCACGGCUCAUCAGUUCGCACAGAACGGCGCAAAAGCAGUCUACAUAUGUGAUUUUGACGACAAGUUUCUCGGCUACCACGAGCGCCAGAUAAAGUCAUUGUACCCCGCCGUGGAAGUCCACACGCGCAAGUUCGACGCUGCGGACGAGGCCGCCGUCAAGGAGGUCGUGGACGAUGCACUCAGCCGUUACGGUAGGCUGGAUGUGAUGUUUGCCAACGCGGGUAUCGUUGGAGAUCCCAUCUUGUUCUCAAAGACGUCCAAGGAGGACUUCAUGAACGUGCUCAGGGUGAACACCCUUGGGCCCUUCCUUGCCGCCAAACACGCCGCUCGCGCGAUGGCCAAGACCUCCCCCGACAAGAAGUCCUCGGGCGGGAGCAUCAUCAUGACCGCAUCUGUUGCUGGCAUCCGGUCCAACGCAGGCCCGACACCCUACUCGGCUUCGAAGUCGGCCGUGAUAAACAUGGCAACAACCAUGGCAUACCAACUCGCCGGCUCCAACAUCAGGGUAAACGCAAUAUGCCCUGGUGUUGUCGAGACCGGCAUGACAGCCCCGAUGUACGAGACAGCUCGGGCACGGGGCACGGAGAAGAAAAUUGGCCAACUGAACCCGCUGAAGAGAGGAAGUGCCGCCGACGAAAUUGCGAGGGUUGCACUGUUUCUCGGUUCCGAUGAAAGCAGCUACGUCAACGGUCAAGCUUGGGCCGUGGAUGGCGGCUUAAGUGCUGGCCAUCCGUUCGUCCCGGGCAAGCUUGCUUGAAACGCAGCUGCUACUUGCUGUUGUAAGCGGGGGAUAUGAGUGAGAAGCGUAGGAGUGGCGAAAGAUCUGACUGCAGCCAUGUUGAGAUGUUAAGGCAGCUAUGAGCACAAAGGAAUUCAGGCCACUCGUGUUGCUUAUAGCGUCUUUGAUCAGAAGAUGACAAUUAUUGCACGGUUGAUGUUCUUGCAUUAGAGCGAAUCCCAUAUCAGAACCCCUGGACGAGA